AUGCCGUCUUCCCAGCGGCCUCAGCCUCAGCCUCGAACACAGCCCCAGGCGAAGAAUGCAUUGCUCGCCAACGUCAUCGGCAAGGCUAUCUCCGUCGUCGUAGUCCUUGGCCUCUCGCUCGCCGUCUUUGCUUACCGUCGUUCUCUCGUGCCCCUGUAUGGCACCGCUCCCGUUGAGCAGCAUCUGAGCAAGAUUGCUUGGAUAGCAUGUAUCAUUGGCACCGUUGUGCCACUCAUGCCUCUGCAGUCUGCGGUGCUUACGCUAGGGAUCCUGCUUUGUGCAAUGCCCAACACAUCGUACUGGGGCGCUGUAUACACCGGACGGUUGCAUGAAGCGGUUUGGGGUGUAAUCCUUACUCACCUAGCAGUCAUUACACCAGUGAUGGCGCUUGGUGUCUGCACUGUGCGCAUCUUACAACACAAUCCUGAUGCCGAAGAAAGCGCUGUACCUCAGCAGACGAUCACCCUCCCCGUCAUACAGACGGCUGUCAUGAGCCUUCAAGAGAUAUGGCCAAUGCUGCCUUAUAUCAAAAACCUAUCAAACGAAACUAUCAUGCUGCAACUUGGCACGGCUAUACUUGUGGCAUGGGCGGUCUAUCCUUUAUUACCUACAUUUGCCUCGGACUCCUCCGACGCAGCGCCAGCAUACGCAUCACAACCAGUGCCGCCGUCACCGCCCAAAGGCAAAUCUCAGCACAAAAAGAAGGGUGCUGCUACGAAGUCGUCACCGGCAGUGCCAAGUAACCCGCCCCCUCCCCCACCCAUGCCAAAGAAAACGACUCCCCAGAACCUUUCGCGGCUACUCUUGCUCCCACUCCUCCCGUUCCUCACCGGAAGCAUGCUCCAGCCACCCACACUAGUUGGCAAGCCGGACGCCACGCCAUACGCGCACCCCACCUACCCCCUACGGAUACUCUCGUCCGUGCGCUCGCAAUUUUCAGGUGUUGUCGUGGUCGGCGAAGCCUUAGCCUCCAGCCCAUCAGGCAUGGCAGGUAGUGUCCCGCCGAUGAGAUACCUUCGUGCGGGGCACUCGUUGCUCGGAGGGAGCUGGAUGGGUGAGGAUGUGAUCAAGAGAGGACCCUUGGCCAUAGACCGCGAGACGGGAGAGAUGUUGGGAGACUCGGUAUACAAUGCAUUCGUCCUGCAGGAGGCGGUCCGACUCGUCAAACGGCCGGGACGAGAUGUGAACGAGCGGGAAAAUGCGCUAGUGAUUGGCUUGGGUGUGGGAACGUCGGCGUCCGCUAUGAUGCGCCAUAACGUCUCGACGACGUUGGUCGAGGUUGACGAAGCGGUAUACGAAAGCGCACGGAGAUACUUCGCCCUGCCUGAACCCGAGCCCGGCAAGCUCGUCCUGAAAGAUGCGAGGAGAUGGCUACGGGAACGAGCACACGACGUCGAGAAAGAGACCGACACAGGUGAUACAAGACAGGGAGAACACACGGAGUUGUAUGACUACGUGAUCCACGACGUCUUCUCUGGCGGGAGCUUGCCCGCGUUGCUGUUCACGAGGGAGUUCUGGAACAGCACGAGGAAGGUGAUGAAGCGUGACGGGGUAAUCGGGGUGAACUUUGCGGGCGAGCUCGAGUCACCGUCGUCUCGCGCGAUCGUUGUCACACUUGAGUCCAUGUUUGGACACUGCCGUGCGUUCUGCGACGAGAUGGAUCCCUAUGAACAGCCUCAGCCAUAUCACAACUGGCUUUUGGUCUGCUCCAAAUCCCCUAACACCCCGCUAACUUUCCGCGCCCCAACCUCAGCCGACUUCCUCGGCUCCCCGCAGCGCGCGAACGUCCUCUCCACUCUAUCUAGGCGGGAGGUCGACCUGCAACAUGUGCGCGACGCCAUUGCCACGCUUGACGAGAAGAAGCGCGAGGAGUACCUCCUGAUGGAUGCGAAGAUUGCAGGGACGAUAAGCAAAUGGCAAGAGAAGGACGCAUUGGGCCAUUGGCGAAUCAUGCGCAAUGUAUUGCCAGAUAUCUUUUGGGAGACAUAUUGA